GUUGGUGCAAACAGCAGCGGAGCUCCACGUCGACGUCAGGAGAUCGAGGGAAAACGGAAGCCGCGAAAGGGAAGAGGAGAUCGGUUGAUAGAGCGAUAGGUGGAUUGGGAGGAGGGAGAUGAAUGUUGGGGAGGAGGAAGGAGGCGGAGGAGGAGGAGGAGGAGGAGGAGGAGGGGAGGAGAUGGAGGAGGAUGGGAAGGAGGAGAUGAUGGUGGUGGAGGAGACGAUGGAGGAGAAGGGGAGGGAUAAGACGGUGCUGAUGUGGGGUUACCUCCCUGGAGUGUCGCCGCAGAGAUCGCCUCUGCUUCACCCGGUGGCCGUCCGAAUGCCGGAUUCGCCCGCAGGAGACCGGUGGCGGGACGUCAGUGGUGGAGGAUGCGGAUUUGCCAUGGCCAUCUCUGAGUCAGGCAAGCUAUAUACAUGGGGUUCUACCGAUGACAUGGGUCAAAGCUAUGUUACAUCAGGGAAGCAUGAGGAGACUCCGGCAAUAUUUGACCUCCCAACCGAGGUGCCCAUAAUUAUGGCAGCAGCAGGAUGGGCUCAUUGUGUUGCAGUCACUGCUCAAGGAGAGGUCUACACAUGGGGAUGGAAAGAGUGUGUGCCUACUGGCAGGAUCACUAGAGAUCAGUCUUCCUCUGGUGGAACGUCAGAAAAAGAAGAAAGACACAGUGGAUUGUUAAGUGAUCAAGUGAGUCCCAGAUCACAGGGCUCAAGAGCUAGUGGAACCCUGUCAGGUUUUGAUAGUAGAGGUGGUGAUGAGAAUACGAAGCGAAGAAAGUUGUCUUCAGCUAAAAUGGGACCUGAAAGCUCAUCCUCUGGUGAAGAAGCUCUUUCGGCGCCUCCAUGCCUUGUAACUCUUAAUGUAGGUAUCCAUAUCACCGGUGUUGCUGCUGGUGGACGACAUACACUAGCAUUGUCGGUUUCAGAUGUAGGUCAGGUGUGGGGUUGGGGCUACGGAGGAGAAGGGCAACUUGGUUUGGGUACUCGUAUCCGGAAUGUGUCUUCUCCUCAUCCUGUACCUUGUAUAGAAUCAGCUUCUUUCAAUAAAGACCGAUCAUCACCAGCUACCAAAGGGAAACAAAGCUCAGAUGGACAGGCAUAUAAACUCAUAGGAAGCUGUGUGAAGGCCAUUGCUUGCGGGGGUCGUCACAGUGUGGCAGUUACAGAUACUGGAGCCCUACUUACUUUCGGAUGGGGACUUUAUGGCCAGUGUGGACAAGGAAGUACCGAUGAUGAGCUGAGUCCAACAUGUGUAUCAUCACUUUUGGGUGUCACGAUACAAGGAGUUGCUGCUGGCCUGUGGCAUACAGUAUGCACAUCUGCUGAUGGUGGUGUGUAUUCGUUUGGUGGGAAUCAGUUUGGGCAACUAGGAACUGGUUCUGAUCAAGCUGAGACUCUACCCAAGCUACUGGAUGCUCCAUGUCUGGAGAACAAGAACGCCAAAUUGGUCUCCUGUGGAGCACGUCAUAAUGCCAUGAUGACAGAUGAUGGACAGGUAUUUUGCUGGGGAUGGAACAAAUAUGGUCAGCUUGGUUUAGGGGAUGCGAUCGACAGAAACAUCCCUGCUUUGGUUCCUAUGGAGAACCUCCGGCCCAAGAACGUGUCAUGCGGUUGGUGGCAUACCUUGGUUCUUGCUGAAUCUCCAACAUGAGGCACAUUCCUUUGCAGAAAAUCAUUGCAAUUUUGAUAGAAUCAUUAGUCUUUCAACCAUAUGCAUGUGUACAUCAGUCGAUCGAUGGGCGUGCAUGUAAGCAUUCUUUCGGUGUUUCCUGGAAGCCGCAAGCAAUUUCACUCGUAUACAGUACUGAUUUAGUCAGAGUUUGGUAUUAAUGUUCUGGCCUCGAAGACAAAGUUAGUGUAGUGGAUAUAAUCAGGGAAAUCGGUCUAUUUCUAGA